CUUUAGAAGUAUCCAUUUAUUUUUCUUCUAUUCUAGGAUAAAUGGCCCCUCAAGCUGAUAAAGGCUGACCACUUUGAUAUCCGCGUUGCAUACGACCGGAGAAUCUCUUGUUAUAAUGUAACGCACAUUUUGAGAAGUGGCAACUUUUGCGGACUCAUCCGUAUUUAAACUGAUAUUUUUAGAAUGAAGUUGAUACAUGGCGGUAAACAAAUGUAGUGGCAAGUGUUCAAAUAUUACAUUUCCAUUCAUAACUGCAUGCACUGCAAAUGAACAAUAUAACUCUUCAAUCAAAUAGUAAAAGGUGAAUGAACAGGAGUUCUCGAUCAUGGAUUAUGCCACCUUUCACUUCUGAUAUCAGCCGGUCCCUAUUUUUCCUGUACUUCGAAUUAUCCAAAAGAAUAUUAUCACGAUUCUUGAUUGCUUCCUGUCAUUCCGUGGAACACUGUUCUCUCUCUCUCUUUUUUUGUUUACUGUGCAUUGCAGCUGGUGUUUUGAGGGCCUCCUUAUUCAGAUGCAAGAGACCACAAAAGCUUCUUGUUGUACCGAGUCUAGGUUUACGGUCCUUUCACAUUUGGUUUGUAAGACAUGAAAAGUUUUUGUUUGCUACUUCGAGUUCUGCUCUAUUACCGCCCCCCUUAAAAAAAAAAACCAAAGAUUCUCGAUGCUUCUUGUAUUACUGCCCCCUUGUUUUUCUAUACAUCGCAGCUGUUUGACACCCGAUUUUUUUAUUGUGACUCCAAAAGUUGAAUAAACUGUACAACUGC